AUGAAGGUAAAUGUUGACAAGGUCUUAAGCACUCCCGAAGCGACGUACAUAGCCAGCUAUAAUCAACGUGAUCUAUUGCUCUAUGCUGUGGGUAUUGGGGAGUCAUCACUACAGUUCACGUAUGAAUUUGACGACAAUUUUUCUGCUUUUCCUCUCUACCCCGUUUGUUUGCCCUUUAAGGGUCAAUCACAAGAUGUAGUACCGUUUCCACCUGAAAGUAUCUUAGCGACAUCCGAUAGUAUACCGAACAUCAAUCCAGCCAUGAUUCUACAUGGUGAACAGUCAGUUGAGAUUCUACGACCAUUAAAUCCUUUAGGCGGUAUUCUCACAGGCAAAGCCAAGAUCAUUUCUUUCAACGACAAGGGCAAAGGCACGCUCAUGGAGACACAGACUCAAUUUGAAGACGAGAAGGGACCAAUGAUACCCAAACGCCAACCAGAUUCCCACGAUGAGUUCAAGACGUCGCCCUUCCAAGCACAAAUAUAUCGUCUAUCGGGGGACUACAACUCACUGCACAUUGACCCGGAGAUUGCUACGACCGUUGGCUUUAAGCAACCCGUCCUGCACGGCUUAUGCUCCAUGGGCGUAUCCAGCCGUGCGUUGUACAAACAGUUCUGUGGCGGUGAUCCAAAGCGUUUCAAGUCCAUUCGUGUCCGCUUUUCAAGUCCGUGUUAUCCAGGAGAGACCAUUCAAACCUCGAUGUGGCAGGAGGGCAACGGCAAGGUACUGUUUCAAGCCGUGGCCAGAGAACGCGGAGUUGUGAUCAUCGACGGCGGCGAGUUUACUUUUGACCAAAACGCAUUUUCACGUUUGUAG